AUGUCCAAGCAACGAGGAACUGCUGCUUACCGGGGCUUUGCAGUCAGCCACCAACGCGUUGUGCUCGAUCUAGGCUUCAACGGCACUGUCGUCGGCUUCACAGAGCUGACCAUCGUGCCAACACAUCGCAGCCUUCGAACCAUCCACCUCAACUGCCGACAAGCUUCCGUGCAAUCUGUGGCCAUCAACAGCCUCCCUGCCGAGUUCUCAUAUGCCGACCAUCUUACAGGAGCAUCUUUAUCAGACGCGCGAGACGUUCAUCGGUAUCCCGAGCUCAAGCGCAGAGUAUAUGCGGCAGCCUCCGACGGCCUCCAUGGGGAGCUCAGCAUCCUCAUCCCUCCAGAUGUAGCCGUACAGCCACAGCGCUUGGGCAGUACAGUGCCUAGCAUCGCCCCGGAGGACGCCCCUACGCCCGGUGGCUCGGCUGCUUCCACAGAGCUAGCUCCCAUCACCGUCCGCGUCGACUACUACCUCAAAGACCCUACCGACGGUCUUCAGUUCAUGCGUCCGACGGCGGACGCGCCCUACCGUGUGCCUCACCUCUUUACCAUCGCAUCUUCGCCGGACGCAGCACGAUGCUGGGUGCCAUGCGUCGACAGUUUGUGGGAGCGAUGUACCUGGGAGUUCGAGCUCAUCGUGCCCAGAUCGCUCAGCAUGGCCGACGAAGAGGAAGAGGCAGGCGCCUCUGCGCUCCAGCAGAUACCCUCCGCGAGUAUCGACACCUCGGAUCCUGAAUCGCAGGUCGUCGUCGUCUGUACCGGUGACUUGAUGGAGCAGGUCACUCACCCCAACAAUCCUUCUAAAACCAUCUUUUGUUACACCCAAGCCGUGCCUACGUCCGUCCAACAUAUUGCAUUCGCUGCCGGCCCUUUCUAUAUCAUGCGCGUCGAAGCGGCCAAUCGUCAUGCUGGCCACGCCUCCACCGACAUUGUCACCGAGGUCACGGCAGGCGCAGCUGCGGUCGUCGACGAAUCAGGACAGCCAGAGAUCCUCGCCUUUUGUUUGCCAGGACGUGAAGACGAGCUGCGUAGCUCCGUCAACUUCACCCGUCAAGCGCUGGACUUUUUCUCACAGCAGUACGGCUCCUACCCGUUCGGUGCCUUUCGCAUGGUAUUUGUCGACGAGCCUCCACAGGAUUGCACCACUCAGUCGAUGAUGGCCAUCUGCUCCAACGACCUGCUCCACCCGACCUCGGUGAUCGAUCAGGCCAUCGAGAAUCGCCAGAUCCUCAGUCACGCCAUCGCUUUUCAGUGGGUCGGCAUCAACAUCAUUCAAGCGACGUGGGCCGAUACCUGGCUCGUCAAUGGUCUCAGCCUCUACAUCAACGGUCUCUUCCUGCGACGUCUCAUGGGCAACAACGAGUACCGGUUCCGGCUCAAGAAAGACCUCGAUCGACUGUGUGCCUGGGACAUUGGCAUGCCGCCUUUGUACGAAGCCGGCGCCUUCGAGGCUCCCGAUCCGGCCACGCUCCCCUUCGUCAAUCUGAAGGCGCCGCUCGUGCUUCACAUUCUCGAUCGAAGGCUGCGAAAGAUGGGUGCGUCCGUCGGCCUUGGCCGUGUCAUCCCCAAGGUUUUCCUGCAAGCCAUGACAGGAGAGAUGACCAACAACAUGCUCAGCACACAGCACUUUCUUCGAACCUGCCGUAAGGUCAGUGGUGCCGAUCUGCGUCUCUUUACCGAGCACUGGAUCCGUGGCAGCGGCUGUCCACGCUUCAUUUGCAGCGCCAACUUCAAUCGCAAGAAGCUCCUCAUCGAGAUGCACAUCCGUCAAGAGGUGCCAGCGGCCCAGUUCGCAGCAGCGAGGCCUGGUGACGCACUGGCUGCCAACGCCGUGCCUCUUUUUGAGGGCCAGAUGACGGUGCGAAUUCACGAGGCUGACGGCACGCCGUACGAGCACGUUCUCGAGAUCAAAGGCCCCGCCAAAAGGUACGAAGUGCCCUUCAAUACCAAAUACAAGCGAGUGCGUCGAAACACCAAGCGUUUCCAGGCUCGUCAAGCCGCCGCCGCAGCAGCAGCGCAGGGCGACCAGGAGGCGCAAGAGGCCAUCGGACUGAUCGAUCUUGGGUUCGGCCUCGGCAUGUGGGAAGACGAAAAGGCGCGAGAAGAGUGGAAGGUUGCCGACUGGACCGAAGAGGACGAAGAGAAAAUGUCGUCCGCGCCGUACGAGUGGAUCCGAAUGGACGCCGACUUUGAGUGGCUCGCCAGCAUCCAUUUCGAGCAACCGGACUACAUGUGGGUUUCGCAGCUGCAGCGCGAUCGUGACGUGGUCGCCCAGGUAUCUGCAGUGCACGCUCUGGCUCAGAUGCCCAGCUUGGUCACUUGCAGCAUGCUCACGCGCACCGUGCUCGUCAACAAGUACUUUUACCGCGUUCGAAUCGAAGCUGUGCAUGCGUUGGUGCACUGCGCCAUCCCGCAGCUCGACAACUUGGGGCUGUUUCACCUUCUCAAGCUCUUCCGCACGCAGUUCUGUCACGACUCGCCGGACGAGGCUUCCAUCGAAAACCCGCUCGACGUGCCCUGCAUUCCUCGGGCCAACGAUUUCAGUGAUGCCGCCGACUACUUUUUGCAGCGAGCCCUCAUCCACGCCAUUAGUCGCGUCCGCAAUCCGGACGGCCGCACUCCACCGCAGGUCAAGCGCUUCUUGAUCAACUUGCUGCGUUACAACGACAACUCGACGAAUCACUUUGUCGACGAUUUCUACCUAGCUGGUGCGAUCAAUGCGCUUGCUAGCGCCUUUAUCCCUGUCGAGUCGGCAGUCUCGAGCAAUCAGGAUGGUGACGCGGUAGGCGAAGAAAGCUUUUUGCUAGCUCAUGCUAUCGCCGAGGUGGAACGCCUGCAAGAGCUGGAUCGACUUGUCCCCUCGUACCACAACAUCAUCACGCUGGCCUCGCUCGAUUUCCAGGUUGCGAUGAUGCUCGCCAAUCUCAAACCCAGGGAUCUGCAGCUCUUCUUUGUCUACACGCGGCAGGGCAACUUCACCCCUGUCCGCAUCGCAGCACUCAAUUGCCUACUGCUCGUUGGCAACCUGGACCAUCGCAUUAUCGCUCGUUACUGCUUUGCGCUGCUGCGGCUCGACGAGAACCGCACAGUCAAGCGAUCUUUGGCAAGAGCUUUGUGCGAAGGUCUUGCCGUGGCAAUGAGCACCGGCGUCUUUGGCGGUGGAGGCUUGCGCGGUCCGGAAGCACUGCUCAUCGAAGAGGACAGCGGCCACGUCAAUGCAGCCGAAAAGGCUCGAGAUGCACAGCUGGAGGCGAUGCUCAAGACGUUGAAGAAGGAGAUCGGACGGUCGGCGGGUGUACGUGAAGGCUUCCUUUCAGCGUUGCUUGCGCCGAGUGUCGAUGUGGAAGCACGCUGGGCGCUCUUGAAGCUGGGCGAGCUGCUCUUCCGGCCUGCAGAGGAGAAGGAUCUGCCAUUGCAGCACAAGGUGCAGCUUCGCGUCAGGAUGCCGAGCGCGCAAAAUCCGAUCGACACCGGCGCGCUCGAAUCGCCGUCUAUCUCGAAAAUCAAGCUUAUCCGCCCGUCCCCUGCGAUCCCUGGCGACGAAGGCGCGCCCAGGACUCCUUCUGUAGCGACCAACGGACCGCGCGUCGCGUUCGAGACCCCCGAGAAGCCCGCUGCCGUCGAGAAGAAGAAGAUCAAACCUAAAAAGGUCAAGCCCCUGGCUCCUGGACAGGCUUCGGGCAUGUCGUUUGCCGACCUCACAGCAUGCAGAAACACCCUCAAAAAGCUCAUGCAGAACAAGUUUGCGUCUAUCUUUCUGAACCCGGUCGACCCUGUGCGUGACCAGGCAACCAACUACUUUGACAUCAUCAAGGAGCCUAUGGAUCUCGGAUCAAUCCUCAACAAGCUCGACAGCGGCCAGUACAAAGACCGACACGGCCUGCGCGCCGAUUUCGAGCUGAUGAUCCGCAACGCCAAGACCUACUCGCCGGAUCCGAAGGCGUGGGCACACAAGCAGGCGGUGGGUCUCGAAAAGGUGUUUGGUCCGCUGUGGACUAGGAUGGAGAAGACGCUGGAGCAGUCUGCGGCACGUCAAAAGGCCGCUCAGGACGCUGCGCUUGCGCUCGAGCAGAGUGCGGAGGCAUCGGAGACGCCAGAUCGCGCUUCGCCCUCCAAGCCUGAUGCAUCGCCUGCUCCAGCACCUUCUGCCGCCAAUGGUGCGACCAGGGAAGCUUCGACGCCCAGCUCUGCGGCUCCCAAGCUGUCGCUCAAGUUCAAGCUCAAAACGAAGCCUGCAGAGGAGGACUCGCCAGCAACGGCCGUCAACACUCCCACGCCGAAGCCGAGAGCGCCGGCGAUGGAGACUUCGCCCGCGCCUGCUUCAACUCCUUCGACUACGCUCAAGGUGAAGAAGCCGCUGAUCAAGCUCAAGAAGAGUGGUGACAGCGAGACUGCUGCACUAGCGACACCGUCCCCAGCGCCACCGACCCCUGCGGCCGCGGCAGACGCACCGCCGCAGAGCGUCGAUGACGACAUCCUGGAAGCCUUGGGAGAGAGCGUUCCGAAUGUGAGCAAGUCCAAGCCGAUCAAGCUCUCUUCGCAUUCGAGCAAGGCCGCUGCGUCGGUUUCGCCUGCUCCGACGCCAGCAAUAGCAGCAGCAGCGUCGCCUAGCAACAAGAAGGGUAAGCUUGCCAAUUCGCCUGCGCCAGGUGGAGCGGUUUCGAACGGCGGGGCGGCAACCUCGUCUUCGGCAGCAAAAGCAGGAUCGCCGUCCAAGGAUAUCGCCAAGUGGGCAGAGGCGGAUCCCGUGGGUGCAACUGCUGGCAUGCCCAUGAGCGGCAAGAAGUGCAAAGUACUGCUGCAGGUGCUGAAGAAGUCUCCCUUCUCGAUCUUCUUCCGCUUCCCCGUCGAUCCGGUCCGCGAUGGGUUGCCAACGUAUCUCGACGAGAUUAAGCAGCCGAUGGAUCUAAGCACGAUGGAAAAGAAGGUCAACCAGGCGGCCUACACCACCAUGGGGGAGUUUGCUUCCGAUGUCGAGCUCAUCUUUGCCAACUGCCGGCAGUUCAAUCCUCCAGGCACAGAGCCCUGCCAGCACGCCGACGAGCUCCAGAAGAUGUGGCGCAAAGAGUGGGCCAAGGCGGUGACACCCAAACUGGAAGCGAACGAGAAGCGCGCGUUGGUGGGACUGAUCAAUCGGCUCAAGACGCACCAGUCGUCGCUGCUGUUCCGCGAGCCGGUAGAUCCGGUGGCGUUGGGCAUCCCGACGUACUUUGACAUCAUCCCGAAGAAGGAUGCGCGCGAUCUGAGCACAAUCGAGGCUAAGCUCAAGGCAGACAAGUAUGAUUCGUUUGCCGCUUUCGAUUCGGACGUCAAGCUCAUGCUGAGGAACUGUUAUACGUUUAACGCGGCCGAUCCGGCGAUCGUCGAGAUUGCCAAGGGGUUCGAGACAUAUUACAAGAGGGAGUUCAACCAUGCGAAGCAGCAGGCUGGGGUCAGUGCCGGUGGUAGUGGAGGCGGAGGGCGAGACGGCACGCCGAAUGGGGGGAAGAGGAAGUUGACGGUGGCGAACGGAGGGGGUGGCGGGAGCAGUAAGAAGGUCAAGAGUGGUUGA